AUGAACACCAUCUGGCACCCACCCUUCUUGAACGGGGUCCCCAUCGUCGUCAAAGAAGAGCCCGACGACGACCACCACACACCCCCCGCCGUCAACGUCGAACCUCCUGCGGACGACCAUGGAGAAGACGAAAAGUCGGAGGAUCUCGCGGGGAAGAUGUCGACGAUUUGGCGACCCAACCUCGACCGGCUGUACGCCAGCGUCGCCGAGAUGGAGGGAUCGGAAAGCGAAGAGGAGCAGAAGGAUGCGACGAAGAAGGGCGUGAAGAGGAAGAGAGGCCCUCCCACGAAGGGGUCAUGCGAGCACGGGGUGAAGUACCGGUCGAACUGCACGGUGUGCAGGGCUUGUCCGCACGGUCGUCGGCGCUCUCAGUGCAAGGAGUGCGGUGGUGCAUCAAUCUGCGAGCACGGUCGUAUUCGCUCUACGUGCAAGGAGUGCGGUGGGUCUCAAAUCUGCAAGCACGGUCGUCGGCGCUCUACGUGCAAGGAGUGCGGCGGGUCAUCAAUAUGCGAGCACGGCCGGCAGCGCCCUCAAUGCAAGGAGUGCGGCGGGUCUCAAAUCUGCGAGCACGGCCGGCAGCGCCCUCAAUGCAAGGAGUGCGGCGGGUCUCAAAUCUGCGAGCACGGCCAUCGGCGCCACAGGUGCAAGGAGUGCAAGAAAUAG